CUGAGCGAGCCUUCGUUCUGCAGCUAUAUAGUCUUGGAGCAGUCUGAGCGCAAGCUGACUGUUAAUGAUCAGCAGUUGCAAAGCUAAAUAAGCGCUGUAGUGGUAGACUUAUACCUGCUGCUACCGUCACUUUUACAAUUAAAUGCAAUGGAUUUAAAGGACUUCAAAUAAAGACCAAGCUGAGGCAAAAACUAAUAAAAUGUUUAUCGAUUGCAUUCAGCGGUGUCGAGGUUUUUUUUUUUAGUUUUUAAGGAGAAGGUAACUGAAGAGGUGCUUGAAUGAAAAAAAAUGGAUUGCCUUUUCCUUUUGCUGUGGACUUUACCUAUCCCAUUAGUCAGCAGCAGAUCAAUGACGUUUCUGUCAGCCCUGUGGUUUGGGAAUGUUAUGAAGACCUUGCAGAUUUGUUGUUCCUAUUCAGUAUCGUCAGUAACAGGUACAUUCACGAGUGACACCAGUGGACUGAAUUAUGAUUAUGCGUUUGUAACACCUGUAGAAGUAGACUCAGAGGGAGCUUAUAUUUCCCAUGAUAUUGUGGGAAGCAGCAGAAAGAGGAGAUCAUUGCAGUAUCCAAAGGACUCGCUGCACUACAGGCUGUCAGCAUUUGGAAAAGAACUUAAUUUAGAUUUGAAGCCCUCUAAUGUGUUAGCAAAUGGGUUUACUGUCCAGACACUUGGGAAAGACAGUGCAACCUCAUGGCAAGAGCCCCCAGUUGAAGAUUGUUUUUAUCAGGGAUUUAUAAGAAACCACAGCAGUUCAUCGGCUGCGAUAUCAACAUGUAAAGGCUUGUCAGGUUUGAUAAGGAUACAUGGUGGUGAGUUCCUCAUUACACCGCUACCUCAGCGUCUGGCAGUGGAACACAACUACACCUCCCUCCCCGGGCAUCACCCGCACGUGCUGUACAAGCGAUCGGCUGAGCAUACCAUCCAUCGCAGGCCAGCAGACAGCAGCUCCUACCAGGGUCACCAUUACCUGCCCCACGGCCACCUUCACAAGAGAGACUACCUGCACGGGAAGUACCAGAGACAGCACUUCUGUGGACGGCGCAAGAAAUACACUCCUAAACCUCCCGCGGGGGACCUCCACACAGUGCCCGAUGAGUAUGAGCAGCAGAGCAGAGCCAAACGCUCUCCUCUCAACCCCCGCAAGCCAUCGGGGCUCAAUGUGGAGACCCUGGUGGUGGCUGACCGGAAAAUGGUGGAAAAACAUGGCAAAGAGAACAUUACGACAUACGUCCUCACAGUCAUGAACAUGGUUUCCAGUUUGUUCAAAGACGGCACCAUUGGUAAAGAUAUCAACAUUGUAGUUGUCAGUCUUCUUCUCCUGGAACAAGAUCCAGUGGGCUUGUCAAUAAGCCACCACGCAGACCUGUCCUUGAACAGCUUUUGCCAGUGGCAGUCUGGCCUGAUUGGGAAGAAUGGGAAGCGUCAUGACCAUGCUGUGCUGCUCACUGGACUGGAUAUCUGCUCCUGGAAAAAUGAGCCUUGUGACACACUUGGUUUUGCUCCUAUAAGCGGGAUGUGCAGUAAAUACCGUAGCUGUACUAUAAAUGAAGACACAGGGCUUGGCUUGGCUUUUACCAUUGCACAUGAAUCGGGGCACAAUUUCGGUAUGAUCCACGACGGUGAGGGGAACGUAUGUAAGAAGGCUGAAGGGAACAUAAUGUCCCCGACCUUGGCUGGAAACAACGGCGUCUUCUCUUGGUCUGCCUGUAGCCGCCAGUAUCUCAACAGGUUCCUCAGUACAGCUCAAGCUUCUUGUCUUGUUGAUGACCCGAAGCAAGUUGGACAGUAUAGAUACCCGGACAAGCUCCCAGGGCAACUGUAUGAUGCUGACACACAGUGUAAAUGGCAGUUUGGCACAAAGGCAAAACUCUGCAAUCUGGACUUUGUAAAGGAUAUCUGUAAGUCACUCUGGUGCCAUAGAACAGGUCACAGGUGUGAAACUAAGUUUAUGCCAGCAGCAGAAGGGACCAUCUGUGGACAAAACAUGUGGUGUCGGAGAGGCCUGUGCGUGAAGUUCGGGGAUCAUGGGCCCAAAGCUGUCCACGGUCAGUGGUCCCAGUGGUCAGAGUGGUCUGAGUGCUCGAGAACCUGUGGAAGGGGAGUAACAUACCGCGAGAGACACUGCAAUAGCCCAAAGCCACAGUAUGGUGGGGACUUCUGCCAAGGUUCCACUCGCUUAUACCAGCUGUGUAAUAUCAACGCCUGCCAGCCCAACAGCGUGGACUUCCGGGCACAGCAGUGUGCCGAAUACAAUAGCAAGCCCUUCAGGGGCUGGUACUACAAAUGGAAACCCUACACAAAAGUAAAAGUGGAAGACAUUUGUAAACUGUAUUGCAUAGCAGAAGACUUUGAAUUCUUCUUUGCAAUGUCGAGCAAAGUUAAGGAUGGGACCUCCUGCUCUGAUCACAUGCACGAUGUGUGCAUUGAUGGGAUCUGCGAGCCAGUAGGAUGUGACCAGGUUCUGGGUUCAAAAGCUGCACUAGAUGCCUGUGGCGUGUGUAAGGGGGAUAACUCGACAUGCACAUUCUUUAAAGGGCAGUACCUCCAGCAGCACAGAGCGAAUGAGUAUUAUUCAGUUGUCACAAUUCCAGCAGGAGUCCGCAGCAUCCGAGUGCAUGAGAUGGAAAUCUCCACCAGUUAUCUGGCGGUCCGUAGCUUGAAGAAGAAAUACUAUCUGACAGGAGACUGGACAGUUGAUUGGCCGGGACAAUUCCCCUUUGCUGGGACCGUGUUUGACUAUCAACGCUCCUUUAACCGACCGGAAAGCCUGUAUGCGGCAGGUCCAACUAAUGAGACGCUGGUCUUUGAAAUACUUCUGCAAGGCAAGAACCCUGGCAUCGCCUGGGAAUACACCCUACCCAAGAGCCUGAACGACAGCAAGACCACUGUUAAGAAACACAACUACACCUGGGUGGCCAUCAAAUCAGAUUGCUCAGCCUCGUGUGCUGGAGGUCAAAUGUCAAUAAAGGCUAUUUGUCUACAAGACCAUUACACACAGGUCAACUCAUCCUUCUGCAAUCCACGCACAAGACCUACAAUUGGAACUAAUGUCUGCAACACUCAACCAUGCCCAGCUUUCUGGUCGGCAGGGGAAUGGAGCACUUGCAGCAAAUCCUGCGGACUGGGACAGCAGUCCCGUCAAAUCCAGUGUCUUCGGAAGGUGGCCUUCAAGCGAGAUGAGGUGGUAGCGCAUUCUCAGUGUCCUGUGAUGACGCCCGCCCAGGUACAGCCCUGCAACAACAAAGCGUGUCUACCUGAGUGGAGUGCAGGGGCCUGGUCUGAGUGUUCUAAGACUUGUGGGAGAGGUCUGAAGAAGCGUGGUGUCUACUGCAGUAGCACCAAUCCGUCAAACAAGCCCAGCAUCCUUCCGGAUAGCAUGUGCAGCCGAGAUCAGAAGCCCAAAGCCCAGGAGACAUGUGUGCUGAGACGCUGCCCGAAAAAUGACAGACUGGAGUGGGUGACAUCAGCAUGGAGCGAGUGUUCAACAAGCUGUGGUCCAGGGGUUCAGAAAAGGGAACUGAAGUGUAGUGAGAAAGAAGCUCACGGCAAAUACAUUGAAUUCCCCCAGAGAAGAUGUCGUAACUUACAGAAGCCCAUUGUGGAACUGGAGCAAGCCUGUAACAAGGGGUCCUGCUCAGGCCCAAGACCUCCUCCAGAAAGGACCAUCAGUAUGGUUGUGUCAGGAUGGUAUUCAUCCCCAUGGCAACAGUGCACAGUGUCCUGUGGAGGAGGGGUGCAGACACGGAGUGUGCAGUGUCUCAGGCAGGGCAGACCAUCAGGUGGGUGUCAGCAUCACCAGAGACCUACCACCUCCAGGGCCUGCAACACCAACUUCUGUCCAGCACCCAAGAGGAAAGAUGAUCCAUCCUGCAUUGACUUCUUCAGCUGGUGCCACCUGGUCCCCCAGCAUGGUGUCUGCAACCACAAAUUCUAUGGCCAGCAGUGCUGUAAAUCAUGUACCAAGAAGAUGCGGUAGCGAAUCACAUUUAAUUCUACAUUCACACCAACCAUUCUCUUUUUUGGGUCUAGAGUUUAUUCACUUGAAAGCUGUGGAAACCUGUUGGGGAAGCAGUACAUGGUAGACUGCAGCACACUUUGUCUUGGAGUACUUGACUGCUGCACCUAUCAAAACAGUGCUCCAUGCAAAACUGGGUUUUAAUGGAAUGCUAUGGAUCAUAGCGGUAUAGUCCAGCUUUUGCAAAUCUACUGGUGCUUGCAUUUGUCACAGUGACUCAUUGACCUCCUGCACGUUUGAGAACUGGAAAUAUGAGACUGUAGGAUUUCAUUUUUUAUGUUAAGAAGAGCGAUUCUGAAACCUUUUAACAAGUAAACACUACAUAUUUCUGUAAUGGCUUUUCCUUUAGACAGCACACUGUGGAUCAGUUAUGUUUAGACACUAUUUAUGAAUUGCCUCUGCUGAACAGGUUAAGUCUCGGAUUAUCCAGCAGUAUCCAGGUUAUAUGUUCAAUGGCAGUUUUCAGAUUAUUGCAACCCGAUACAUGUAAUUUAUAGUAUAUGAUUGCUAAGUGUAAAUGCACUUAAUUAGGUAACUUAUUUUUGUUGUGUUGUUUUUGUAACAUAACUGUAAACACAGAAACAAAUGCUGACUGAGAAACAAUGACUUACAAGAGCUGAAUAACACAACUUUAAAACACAUACAUACAGUAACAACAGUUUAGCAUGCCAAACGUAGAAUGUUCAACUGUAGGAUUUUUUUUUUAUUUCCUUUACUUGGCUUUAAAGUUUUUUUAAAGCUAAAAUGUCUUUCUUUACAUCCCUUUUGUCUCCUGUUAUAAGGCAGGACAUUUGUGCACUGAUGACAUUUUGGCACAGGUCAUGCUAAUACAUGGCCUGGUUGUUUGGCUUUGUGUCACAGAUGGCUUUUGGCUGCAAACGGAAGACAUGAGUCAUUAUGUCAGUCACCAAGACUGAUCAUGGAUUAUUAUUUUUAUUUUUUUUGCAGUCCAACUUGGCUGUCCAUAUAUUUUCAUGUAGUUUAUUUUAAAUAAGAAAUACGAUGAUUACAAAGACCCACAUCUCAUGUUAAUGUUAAUUACACAGCAGGAUUCAAAAUUGUUAUGCUUUAUCAGAUGCACAUGUCUGCGCAACGAAGCAGUCAAAUUCUACCCUGCCUCAUUAGAUGCUGUUCAAGCAAUGAAUUCCCUAAAGUACUUCUUUCAUUGCUUAUGUUGUUUCAUUUCAAAAUAUUGUACAUUUUGAUAUUGCCUUCUCCGACUGUGUCAAAUAGAAUGUUAAUGCCCAAUGCUUACCCGAUAUGAGUAGUUGCCUUUUAGCCACACGUUUGGAAGGAACCAAUAUGAGAAAAAAGCUGACAGCACUUGCGAUCCAGACCAAGUACAGUACAAGCCAAGCUUCAUCCAACUAAUUUUCUGGAGUCUCAACUGCUUUUUACUGGACAGAGCUGAACUCCACUACGUUUUAAAGAUAUUUUUGGAAGUCAGGAUUAGCCAGCUCAGCAUUAAUGUUGUACAGCGUGCAGUUAAGGUUAGGAGUUUGUCUUCCUUCAGCCAAUUUAAUAUAUGAUCAUCUUUACUUAAAGAUGAGUGAUGAUUGCAAACAGAUGCAGCAACAUUAUGUUUUUCUCCCAGUUUAUGUUUUGUACUCUUCUCAUUUAAGACGAUCAUGUUUUGUAUGUUGGUCUACAUCCUCCUCUUUAUUGUAAAAAAAAAAAAAAAGGAAAGUAAUUUAUUGAUAUGUUUAGUGUCUCCUUAUGUUUGGAGUACAUGUCCUAUGUGAAUGGCAAUAUCUGUAACAACAUGAUUUAUUGUGAUUUUAUGUUUGUUUUUUUUUGUCUUUUCACAAUAUGUAAAAUAGCACCAUGUACUGUUAUGUGUCAUAUUUAAUUUUUUUUUAAACUUUUAUAAUAAAAUGUUAUGACAUGUUUACACAUCAGCAAAUGUAACUCAUUCAUGUCAAUGCAACAGAUGACAUAGAAGAAAUAUACAUAUCUGGCUUGAUUCAGUAAUGUACAAUACAUAAGGUAAAACACCCUUUAAACCUGAAGAGUGCCUUAAAUUACAUUAGUGACAAUUAUUCAUUUAAAAAGUAAUUUUUCUAAAAUGUAUAGUUUGGAUGUCUGGUAAGUGAUGUCAUUUUUCUUCUGGGGUUCAUUUUCUUAAUGUUUUUUUUUCACAAUUUGUGUUUUGCAUUGAGCAUGUGGAGCAAUGUAAUGCAUGUGUAUAUAGAGUGCUACUUCUUACAGCUUCUCAGUGUACAGCUGUGGCCAAAAGUUUUGCAUCACCUAUAAUUUUAGGAUUGAGACAUAUUAAUAAAUAAGAUAUAUCUUAGUCAACAUCAUGUAGUCAAAGAAGCUACAAAAUGAGAUUGCAAAAGUCUACUGGAAGCUAUAAUAGUAUUUUGAUUUCGAAAUGCAACAUUUAUAAAAAAAAAUUCAUUUUUACGUUAAGUAUAUGGAAAACUACAAAGCCAUAUGUAAUUCAAUAUGUUAACAUAACAUUGUUCAGCAGGUCUCAUUUGAUUUUAUGAAGCAAAAUUACUUAAUUCUAUAGGGUGAUGCUAAAUUUUUGGCCAUAGCUGAACACUGUCUCCUAAUGGUGAAAUAUAAUUAGUUUAUGUUGUAAGUCAUAUAAAACAAGGCGCAACAUCUAAUUUCCAUUCCGUAUUGUCAACAAACUUAUUUUUGCAGUGUGUUAUUGAUGCAGCAAGCUGACCCCACCCUAAAAUAUACCAAAAUGUUUUCCAUAUACUGUUCACAUUUUAAUAAGAAGCAGUUAUGCUGUCAGUCUGACACCCAUAGCAUUCCAGUGGCUCAGCAGUGCCUGAGGUUGGCUGCGGUUACAGCAUCCAACACUUCUCAGGAAGAUGGGUGGAUAAACAAACUGAUUCUAAUUUACAUUACAUUUUUCUAACAUUUUUAGAUCUGUUUCCAGAACCACCACUCCCUAUUCUUAAACCUUUCAUUAAUGUGCACACUGCCCCAAUGCUUGUUUCCCCACUCAAACAAAGAGUACAGAGUGGUUAGUAAAACAUUUAUAAUGCAGGCCAAACCGACAUACUGGUCUGGAAUGUGUACUAGAGAAUACUUGAAAUGUGAACUACUUUGUAAUUGUAAACAGUCUAAUUUUUAAUUGUAGAAUGCUUGAUGAGAGUGGUGCUGAUUUCAGCAUGUACAGCUGUGGCCAAAUGUUUUCCGUCACAUGUGAAAUCUAACAUGAAAUACCAUACUAUUAUUAUGGCUUCUGGUAGACUUCUGCAAUAUACCUUUGUAGUUCCUCUGAUUACAUGAUGUUAAACAAAAGAUCUAAAUUAUGUUCACACAGCUUUUUUUAUUUUUAAAUUAUGUCUCAAUCCUAAAAUUCUAGGUGAUGCAAAACUUUUGGCCAUAGCUGUCCACAUAGUCACACUGUACUUCUUCCUGACAAUACAAGGAUAUAUUUCCCCAGUACUCGGUUGGUAGUUUCCACCAGGCAUAUCCUAAGAUAAUCAUAUCAAAGACAUGCCAUGGUCACCUCUAUGUUAUGAUUAGAAGGUGAUUUACAAGUCUGAUGGAAUUUUGUUUGACAGAACUGGGUUUCUAGUGUGCAGCACUUUCUCUAGAAACAGUGACUCUUAUAACCUUCCAACUUUGUAAACCUGAUUGGUGGCAUUAACCUUUUGUCUGGAAUCCAAUCUCUAGACUGAUUAAUAUGACACUAAAUGCACUUUACUAGUCCCUUGAGUGCUUUUGUGUGUUAAGGAAUUCAAUAUAUUUAAAUAUACUGCUGCUACUGACUGAGCAUUUGCUCUAUAAAAACUGGAGAAGAAAAAUAAAUAAAGUUCACUAAAACUCUGUGAAGUACACUGUGAAGUACAAAUUAAAGAUCUGUAAUUACAAACACGAGGAGAUGCACAUUGGGAAACCUGUAAAGGCUGGAAUACUGAGACAUAUUUUUUGUUCAUAUUCAUAUGCCAAAUAAGAAAUAUAAGCAAAGAACCAAAACAGAAUAAAAAGGGGGCCUUUGUAUUAUUGGUAGUUCUAAUAAGAAAAAAAAAGCAUUUGAAAAUCUUUUAAGCUUUAUCUUUUCUGUCAACCACUGCAUUUUCCCUUCUCAACAGAAGAGUAAGAUCUCAGUUUUAUAAAUGUAUUGGCUUCUGUUAGCUUCCCAGUGCCAGUGAUGUAGUGUCAUGCUCCCUACUCUUAAUUGUACAAACCCUGACUCUGACAAUGUAUUUUACAGUACACCAAACAUUGC